AUGUCCACAGAUAGUGACCCUUCAUCCUCGUCCGACGAACGUAGCGACUUCGAGACCUCUCAAAGAGACUCGGAGAUCUCUGUGACAUUUCGAGAGAAGGAUAGUCAUGAUAUCAUCCCGUACUGGGAACUUCCACCCGUGUCAAAGUCUUUUAAAAUGACUAUCGAGAACAGCACGGACCUGGCAGGGUUAGACGGCAAGACCAGGACCAAACAGAAAUCUAUGAAACAUCCUCAUCCACCUUACGAGUUCGACUGUACUGUCAACGGCCUGGAUGGCAUUGGUAUUUGCGAAGUAAACGAUGAAUCGGAGCUAUACGACGAAGAAAUUCCCAAUCCUACCUUACAACAGAUAAUUGAUCAAGCUGCUCUCGCCAAAGUAAAGAUGUUUAGUGUAAAUAUACAGCCUACGCAGUGCCAAUGGCCUCAGCAGAGCUUGAGGAAAGGUUCAACUUGGGGAAGCUUAUCCGUCCAACUAGGUGAUGAUGGUCGUUUUGAAGGUCAGGGGAAAGAAGUAUAUCGAGAUGCCCAGAUGACAUUUAUCGCUGGUUCCGCCAAGGUAUUUCCAGCUUACAAGAACGAAGAAUCAGAGAUCAAUCGUACCCUUGUUGAUAUCUUCAAAGGUCAAAACGUACCAUUGCUAUUCGCUUCCACCAUCAAGUUGAGCGGUCGAUGCUGGGAAGAUUAG